AUGUUGUACCGGUACUGCGCGCAAAGAGCUUUUGGACGGUGGUCUUUGUCUUCUACUAUUAUUACGAGCAGCAGUAGCAGUACUUCUUCUUUCUGUUCUUCUUCUUUGAGGCGGUCUCGGAGGUACUUUGCGAUUUCGCCGUCCUCGUCAGGAGGAGAAGAAGAACAACAACAACGACGACAACGAGAACAACGACGACAUCAUCAUCGUCCUCAAAAGCCUUCUUUAAAAUCGAUCGAAAAAGCGACGCUGAAAUGGCUGGACCAGUUUAUCAUCAAGAAAAACGUCUGCCCGUUCGCCAAAAACGUUCGAGGAGGAGAAGGAGGCGAAGAAGAAGAAGAAGUUUUAGAGGCGAAGAAGAAGAAGAAGAAGAAGAAACAGACGGGCAUAAAAAUAGUCGUCUCCGAGCGGGAACAGAUAGAAGACGUUUUGGAGGAUUUCAUGAGAGAGUUAAAAGAGAUUGAAUACGAUUCGGACGAGGAAGGGAUAACGAAGACGGUGUUGUUCGUCAUCUCUCCGACGUGCGAGUUCGUGAACGACUUUGAUUCCUUUCUCGAUUUCGCGAACGUUAUCGACGACGCGGCGUUGCAAAACGGCGACUAUAGAGGCGAGUCGGUUCUCGACCAGCUCGAUUUGAGAGGGAAAGUGCAAGUGGUCGCGUUUCAUCCGGACUUUGUGUUCGCCGGCGAGAAAUUGGGAGAUCCCGGAGCGUUUACGAAUAAGUCACCGUAUCCUUUGUUGCACAUAUUGCGAGAGAAGGACGUGACCGAAGCGGUUCGGUCGCAUCCGGACGUGAAGAGUAUACCGAAAGCGAACGUGGAGAGGAUGAGAGAAAUUGGCAACGAAAGUUUAAAGAAGAUGUUAGACGGGUUAAGAAGUUUAUAA